AUGUCUCUCCCUCCAGGCUCGCCAGAGGCUCUCUACCAUGUAGUGCCCCACCCAGAUGAUGAAGAAGUCAAUGCCUCUCAGAUUGAGUUGGCAGGAGAGACGGCUGCGGAACCAGUCCUGCCACCAAUGGAUCUUCCCCCGUUCCUGGUCGACGCACGCAUACGUUGGAUUCAUUUCAUAUUAGGUUGUUCUGUGCUGCUGCCCUGGAAUGUCGUCAUUACCGCGAUGCCGUUCUUCUUGUCCCGGUUAUCGAGCUCGCCAUUGCGUUCCACGUUUGGCUCAUAUCUGACCACCACAUUCACCGUCUCAAACUUCGUAUUCCUUGCUCAUGCCACCCUUACUUCGAAGCAGUCCAGCCCUUCCCGACAGACACGGUUUUCAAUUAUAUGGCUCACUAUCCUCAAUUUCUUUUUGACCCUCAGCACCUUCUUCGUCCCUUCUCCCGGAGUUUUAUUCGCCUUCGUGCUUUUCAACGGUGUUGCUCAGGCGUGUGCGGGUGCAUACCUGCAAACCUCAGUUAUCGCAGUCGCUUCUCGAUUCGGACCACCCGCCGUGCAAGCUAUGAUGUCGGGCCAGGCAGCCGUCGCUGUAGCAGUUAGUGGGGUGCAAGUUAUCAGUGCCGCGGCGUCCGUGAUGGGAAAGACGCACAGCUACGUGAGCGAUGGAUCAGCGGAGGAGCGUUCAGCUUUCAUGUUCUUCUCGUUGUCGACAUUAUUCCUUAUCGCAAGUGCAGCUGCAAAUACCUGGAUGGUCCGUAUGCCUGUCUAUCAGCACAUUGCUGCUUCCUUGGAGAAACCACCGAAGAAAUCCCUCGCGGAGGACGGUCACGAAGAUGAGAGACGAGGCCUGAUGUCGGACCAUCCCCACGAUGACCCGAUGAGCGACAUGAAGUCAAAUGCUAUUAGAGUUGCGAAGGCUAACAUCACAUACGAGGUGGCAGUGGCCUACAUCUUCAUGGUUACCUUGGCUGUCUUCCCGCCUAUCACAACAUCUAUUCAACCAACUAAUCCCGCGACACAUCCUUUACUAUUCAGCGCCAUUCACUUCCUAGUCUUUAAUGUUGGAGAUCUUACAGGACGUUACGUUUGCUCGUUUCCUAUCUUCGCCGUCUGGUCAGCGAAGCGACUGCUGACAUUAUCAGCCGCGAGAACGCUGUUCAUCCCUCUAUUUCUUAUGUGCAAUGUUCAGAGAGGAACUUCGAGAAUAGGAGGGACGCCAAUCAUCAACUCGGAUUUCUUAUUCAUGGCUAUUCUUUUCUGUUUCGGGUGCUCCAACGGCUAUGUUUCUAGUCUAUGCAUGAUGUCUGCUCCAUCGUUAGAACACAAUCCUAGACUGAAAGGGCGGACAGAAGAUGUCGAUGUGGCCGCGACAGUGGUUAGCUUCUGUCUGGUGGGCGGACUGGCCGUCGGAAGUAUCGCGAGCUUUGCGGUCAAAUCUGCCAUUUGUGGAUGCAAUCCGUUCUACGGUUGA